AUGGAUAAUAUCAGUUAUGGGAACACUGCUUUUCCACUGGUCAAUCGGACUGCAGAGGAGAAAACGCAGCACUCGGAUCGGUUGACCCUUGAAAGGCAGAAGCUGACACUUUGCCCCAUUAUUGAUGGAGAGGAGCACCUCCGCCUCCUGAGCUUCCAACACAACUGCAUCACUCGGAUCCAGAACAUUUCUAACCUGCAGCAUCUUGUCUUCUUGGAUUUGUAUGAUAACCAGAUAGAGGAAAUUAGCGGCCUUUCCACUUUAAGAUUGCUCCGUGUCCUUUUGUUGGGAAAUAACAGAAUAAGGAGAAUAUCAAACUUGGAUAAUCUGGUCAGCCUUGAUGUCUUGGACCUCCAUGGAAAUCAGAUUUCUGUUGUCGAAAAUCUCAACCACUUGAAUGACCUCAGAGUGCUGAAUCUCGCCCGGAAUUGCUUAACAUACAUUGAAAACCUCAGUGGACUGGAUUCCUUAAUCGAACUCAAUCUUCGAUACAAUCAGAUCAGAUCAGUGAAAGAUGUGGACACUUUGCCCUCCCUCCAGCGCCUGUUCCUCAGCUUUAAUGAUAUCUCUCGUUUCGAUGACGUUCUGUGCCUUGAGGAUUCCACAUCCCUUUCAGAGAUCACCUUAGAUGGCAACCCCAUAGCGCUGGAGACAUGGUACAAGCCAACCGUUCUCCACCAUAUGAUGCAGCUCCGACAGCUAGAUAUGAAGAAAAUCACGGAAGAAGAAAGGCGCAUGGCAUCGGUUGCACUCAGGAGAGAGGAAGAGAAGCGGCGCGAGAGCCACAAGCAGACUUUACUCAAGGAGAAGAAACGCUUGACCAUUAGCAACAUCGCACGUCUCUGGGAGAGCCAGCAGAACCGCUUUGCUGCGCUGCCUUCUGACGAAACAAAGGAUGAAGACACUGAUAUCUGUCAGAAAACAAGAAAUGCAGCGUAUGGAUUCCCUGAGGAAGCCAGGGAGGGAGGGAAGGCCCAAGUUUGGGCCAGGCCUUGUCUGCUGCAAGGAAACCCCGGCCUCGCGCCGCUUUCCGCAUCCACUCACAUCGGCCUGCCUUCUCCUCCUGCUCGGCCCUUCCGGCCUGCCUUCCCCGCCCAGAGACGCCGCCUCGGCUGCCACGCGACGGGGAAGCGGUUCCGGCGCAAAGGGAUUCCCCUUCGCCGCUACCGCCAAAGCCGACUAGGUCCGACUAGGCCGCGUUGCCUAGCAACCGACGACAUCCACCCACCCACAGCCAGGCUUCGUUUGGGCAAAAGUAGGAGUAGGCCCCGACUAGGCCGCGUUGCCUAG